UAGCUUCCCGCAAUAUGACCGUGUCCUCAACUUCCAAUUGUCUCAACAACACAACUCCAUUCAUGUCCGACACUCCAUGCGCAGCAAGCUCAGCUCCAGGUCUUGAACCUCAUAAUACGUUCUACAGUAUCUCCAGCUCAAGAAGCAUUGUGCGCCCCGGCGCGCCAUCAGAUUCGCACUGAUCUUCCGCCCACAUCUCCCUCUCCAUCACACACCACCCACCUAAACCUCCACCGACACCACCCACACGAUGCACACCUCCGGCUUUUCACACACGCCCGUCUCGCGCAUCCUCGUCUUCUACAUCAUCGCCUCCGCCCUCCUCGUCAGCCUCACCGACAACCGCCAAUACAUCUUCAUCCUCGUCGACCGCCACCUGUGGGGCUACCACCAGUUCUGGCGCCUGCUGACCUGGCAAGCCGCAUAUCUGAACAGCGUCGAGGUGAUAUGCGCCGUAUGGACGGUGUAUGGGCUCAGAGUCGUGGAGAGGGGUUGGGGGAGUAGGAAGUUUAUGAGCUUCAUCCUAACCACCCUCCCAUACACAACCCUUCUCCCCCCUCUCCUCACAGCCCUCAUCCUCCGCCCCCUCACUCUCAACUCAAUAAACCUCCUCCCCGCCGGCCCUACACCCCUCAUCUUCGCCCUCCUGGCCCAAUACCACGCUUCCGUCCCCGCGACAUUCAGAUACCGCCUCCUCACGCGCCGGCCCCCAUCCACAUCCACAUCCACAUCCACACAACCCUCCUCCUCCCCGCCAGCAUCCCUAACACUAACCUCCAAAUCCCUCUCAUACAUCUUCCCCCUCCAACUUGCCCUCUCGCAACUCCCUGGCUCUGCGAUCGCGGCGGCCGUGGGCUUUGCGGUGGGGUAUGCUUGUAGGAAUGAGGUGUUGCCGGGGGGGAGUUGGCGUGUGCCUGGGUGGGUUGUGGGUGAGGAGAGGAGUGUGGAGAGGGCGCGGUUUGAGGGGUUGAGGAGGAGGUUGGAGUUGGAGCGGGAGGGGGACGGGAGGGGGACUGGGAGGGAUGGAGAGGCGGAUGGGGAUGGGGAUGCGAGGAGGAGGACGCUGGGCGGGUUGGUGGCGGAGCAGUUUCGGGGUGGGGUUUAG